CAAUAUUAAUGUUCAACCAAAAUGUUAUUUGGGACUGACGGGAACUAAAGGAACCGAAUGUGAUAAUCGUUGGUGGACUCAAAGACCUAUUGAACAAUUCAAAUUUAUUUUCCCAGACACAAUUGGAGAAGCAUGGCUUCCAAAUGCAAGAAAUUGUUACGUACUUACACCUCCAUUCACGGCAAUGUUUUCACCAAACUUAACAGAAGAGAUGACCAUUUAUAUUUAUUCUAACGAAUCCACUAUACCCGUCCAGUCAAAUCCUCGAUGGGUUCAAUUCGGUGCCUUUUGGCCAUGGAUGGGACAAGAUCCAUAUUUAGUUCGACCUGAAUUUUUUAAUCUGCCAAGCGAAACGUUGUUCGGUUUUUCACGAAGAGAACGAUAUAAAUUGGAUGGAGAACUCCAAGUUGCUUAUGAU